AAAAAAAAAAAAAAAAAAAACAUGAGAAAAUUCUCCGCGCCACCAUUCUCCUCCUCUCUCCUCCGCUUCCGAUCAUCGUACACCACCUCUCCACCUCCUCCUCCUCCUCAAACCCUAAACCUAAAACCCGUACCUCCCCAUCUCUCCGAACCCUACCUCGCCGAGGUACGGUCCCUCCUCCCCCGCCUCCUCGCCCUCGGCCACCACUCCGACGCCGUGCGCCUCCUCUCCGCCGCGCUCCUCCUCUCCCCUCCCCUCUCGUCCCUCCCCAUCCCCUCCCUCGCCCGCCACCUCUCCUCCCUCCCCGACCUCGCGCCGACGCUCGCCCUCCUCACCUCCCUCCGCCACCACCCCCUCCGCCCGUCCCCGCUCCCCUUCGUCGCCCCUCUCCUCUCCUCCUUCCUCCUCAGCCGCCGCCCCAGGGACGCCGCCAAGGUCUUCUUCUGGCUCUGCCGCGCCGACUCCCCCCGCCGCCCCGACCGCGAGGUCUACGAGAUCGCCAUCGGAGGGUUUUGCAGGCUCGGGAGGAUGCUCGAUGCCCUUAGGGCUCUAAGGGAGAUGGCGCUGGAUAGUGUCCCGAUCGGAGGGGGUUUGAGGGAGGAAGUGUACAGGGGUUUGCUUCAGGAGGCUCGGAUCGACGAGGCGAGGGAGUUGGAUGCGGCGUUGAAGGGCUUGGAAGGGGGCGGCGGCGAAUUCGAUCGUGUGGCUGAGUUGCUCGAUCGGUUCGUCCGAGAUUGGGAGGAGUGAUUGUGAUUUGUGAACGUACAUUUGCUGCAGCUGCUCUGGUGCCAACGCUCGCUGGGUUUCUCGUUAUAAUUUAUACUUCAAUUGGAAAUUUUGUGCCAAAGGAUAAGUUCAAUUGGCGUUGUUAAUGGAGUUGAUGGUGCCAAAUUUUGAAUAGUCGACAUUAGUUUGUGCUUUUGACUUUUAUUGUAUUGCUAUAUUAUUUGUAAACUUUGGAGGAAUAUAUCAGUAUUUAGUUGAGCCAUUUAUUUAGACAAAA